UUUUUCUAUUAAUGAGAGUUUUUUCUUGUCUUUUAAACAUGGAAUCAUGUUUGACUUUGCACUUAAAGGAGAGCACGUGCAGGGUGAUAAACAUUGUUUUCAAACUGUAUCUUAAACAUAUUUUUUUACUGCUGCUGAAUGGUGUUAAUGGGUUAAUAAUAUAAAAUGUUUUCUAAAUGAUUAUUAUUUGAUAUUAUCAAUAUAUUUGUUUAUAUCUAUGUUUUUGAUGUUUAGAUGGUGGGGGAACUUUAUUUUAAUUAAAUAGUAAAUAGUAGUAGUACAUUUAUUUUAUUGUUAUAAUAAUGGGUCAAUUUACCAAGCGAGGGACAAUGAGCGCGACUGGAAAAUCUCGCAAAGGUUGCUUACUCGUAAAUUGGUAACUCGUAUUUCGGGUAGCUCGAAUCUUGAAGCUCCACUGCAGUUAUUUUAAACACGUACUAGCCUUCAGCCAUCAUUACACAUCCAUUCGUGGGACUAUCACGUUCACCCUGCUUUUCUUGCUGUUGAUUCACAAUCCCGGCCUCAUUGGAAUAAUAACACAAAAGGUCUUUUAAGAUAACCCCAUCGCUUCUAAACAAUGUAGAACAGGAAAUGUGUGUAUAUAAAUGUCAGACAUACAGGUUGAUUGAUAAACAUGCAAAAUAUUUGCCUUUUCGUGAUUUCUUAAUAGAGUCUCUGGUAUAACAGCUCACUGCCAUCUUUGUGGUUCUAGCAGAAACUCGGCCCAAUAUUAACAACUGAUAGUUUAAGGUUUAAGCAAUGUAGAAAUUCAGUUUUAUUCGAGUCAUUAAGAAUGUGACAAUGCGGUUGUUUAUAUAGUUAUGGAUAUUUUUGAAUAGCGUAUUAAAAGAAAGAAACCCUUAACAAUAUUUAAGACCUAUUAAAACGGUAUGUUGUCGCCGCCAUCUUUGUUGUCCUAUAGAAGCUCCGCCCUUCAGCCUUACACCGAGUCGGUUCAUUCAUUGACCGAACGGUAAAAUCUUCGUUCUGCUUUUGGGUCUGUGAGGCCACUACAGAAAAAAAUGGCCUCCCCGCGGACAAUAACUAUCGUGGCUCUGUCUUUUGCUCUGGGUUUGUUCUUCGUCUUCAUGGGAACCAUUAAAUUAACGCCGAGACUCAGCAAAGAUGCCUACAGUGAGAUGAAAAGAGCAUACAAGAGCUACGCCAAGGCCCUGCCAGGUCUGAAGAAAAUCGGGAUCAGCUCGGUCCUGCUGAGAAAGAUCAUCGGCUCUUUGGAGGUGGGCUGUGGUGUGGUUCUGACCUUGGUACCAGGUCGACCAAAGGAUGUGGCCAAUUUCCUGCUCCUGUUGGUCAUGUUGGCUGUGCUGUUCUUCCACCAACUUGUCGGCGAUCCUCUCAAACGCUAUGCCCACGCUCUAGUUUUCGGAAUUUUGCUCACCUGCCGACUGCUGAUUGCCCGGCAGGGCGACGAGCGGCCCGAGAGAGAGGACAGCAGGGAGGAGCAGCAUAUCCACGAGCAGGAAAAGAACAAGUUUAAACAAUCAUAAAAUCGGCUGUCGUCCCCAAGAAACGUAAUCCGUGAAUUUCCGAGGUGAAGAUUUUGAAGGAUACAGUCACAAGCAGUAAUAAACAACCGUCACUUCCUUCUUCCUGUCUCCCCCGCUGACUCGGUACUCAUUAACUCGUCUUUACACUUAAUGUCAGUCUAAGAUCAUUCUCUCCAUAAUCCUUACAAAUUCAAAAGUAGGAUCUAGACACGUAUGUGUUUUCUAAGAGGUUUCCUGGUCAGGUUUAGUAGAAUCAAAUCAAGCCCCUUUCAUUACCUGCUUCCAAACCUCUGAGGAUGGAGAUAAACUGGAGGACUGAGUCAUAGACUUUGCUGUAGAAAAAAAAAAAAAAUCCACAGAGCUCACUCUGUACCCUCUCGCUGUAGUCAAAUUCAUUUGUUGUUAUUUAUUUUAGUCUAACACUGUCUUUAACAUGUUUGCCUUGAAUUUGUUUGAAGGUCUUUUGUGAAUGCCACUUUUCAGUAACUGUUGUUUUAUCAUUGUUUUUAAAUUGAAAUUAGGGAAAAAAAAUUAAUAUGUAAUUAAUUACCAUUUUUCAGCAUGCUUUCUGCUCCAAAUUAUACAGUGUAAUUUAGAAAAAGUAAGUCAAAGAGUUUCCGUCCGAGAUAUUAGCUGGUAAGACAUAGAACCAUAACUCGUUUUUAAUGCAGCGUACUUAAAAAAAUGUCAACAAUCUCAAAUGUGAUAUUUAAAUACAAGAGUUGAAUCAGCUGCUUUUUAAUUCUAAAUACUUUUUUAAACCCAGGUUUUGGCUUAACGUUUAUUUAUCUAAUGGGACUGAAGCAGCUGUUUCCUUGGGUCUCGGCUGAAAACAACCUUAAUGUCUUUUGAAAAUGUAAAUGUUAUAUUUCCUUUUUUAAGAAGGUUCAAAUGUGUUUAACGUGCUGCUAAUGUCGUUGACUUUGCUUUAGAUUCAGAUUCAGUCAUUUCUGUCUCCGUUUUUGUUUUGGGAAUGAAAAUCUGACAACAUUUCUGUGAACCAUAGACUUGAAAUAAAAAAAAAACU